AUGACUUUUCCCCCCCUCCCCCCUCCCCCCGCACCCAUCCUACCUUCCCCGCACCUCCCCCGCUCCUGCCGCACCUCCCCCGCUCCUGCCGCACCUCCCCCGCUCCUGCCGCACCUCCCCCGCUCCUGCCGCACCUCCCCCGCUCCUGCCGCACCUCCCCCGCUCCUGCCGCACCUCCCCCGCUCCUGCCGCACCUCCCCCGCUCCUGCCGCACCUCCCCCGCUCCUGCCGCACCUCCCCCGCUCCUGCCGCACCUCCCCCGCUCCUGCCGCACCUCCCCCGCUCCUGCCGCACCUCCCCCGCUCCUGCCGCACCUCCCCCGCUCCUGCCGCACCUCCCCCGCUCCUGCCGCACCUCCCCCGCUCCUGCCGCACCUCCCCCGCUCCUGCCGCACCUCCCCCGCUCCUGCCGCACCUCCCCCGCUCCUGCCGCACCUCCCCCGCUCCUGCCGCACCUCCCCCGCUCCUGCCGCACCUCCCCCGCUCCUGCCGCACCUCCCCCGCUCCUGCCGCACCUCCCCCGCUCCUGCCGCACCUCCCCCGCUCCUGCCGCACCUCCCCCGCUCCUGCCGCACCUCCCCCGCUCCUGCCGCACCUCCCCCGCUCCUGCCGCACCUCCCCCGCUCCUGCCGCACCUCCCCCGCUCCUGCCGCACCUCCCCCGCUCCUGCCGCACCUCCCCCGCUCCUGCCGCACCUCCCCCGCUCCUGCCGCACCUCCCCCGCUCCUGCCGCACCUCCCCCGCUCCUGCCGCACCUCCCCCGCUCCUGCCGCAUAACUGA